AUGUAAUUGCAAGAAAGGAGCAUGAAUCAUGGAAUCAAUUUUCAUAAGAAUAAAGAUAGAAGCUAAAAAUAGUAAAGGUUGAAAACUUUGAUAACUUACAAGACGCAUCUCAGUUCAAUAAUUUUCAAAAUAUCAACAGCGUAUUUUGCUGUCUAGGAGCAGUUUAAAAGAAUGGGAAGGAAAAUUUCAUAAAAGUAGAUCAAUUUUAUCCACAAUAUGUAGCAGAUAUCGCAUUAAAAAAUAAAAUUCCUUAAUACCAUAUUGUUACUUCAUAGAAAUCUGACAGGCAUUCAAUGUUCUUUUAUUUUAGAAUAAAAGGAGAAGUCGAAUACUUGCUUUAAUAGAAAAAAUUAAAUUAUUUAGGUAUCUAUAGACCAGGAUUGCUUUUAAAUCGUGCUGGAUAGAGAUUUGUUGAAAAAGUAUGUUCUUACAUUCCUUUCAUUAAAAAGAUUGAUGUUAGAGAUGUUGCUACUGCUAUGA